CGAAUCGGCACGCGCGAGACCUGCCGCUUGCUGCCCCUUCAGCCACUUCCUCUUAUCCACACGUGUUUUUUUUUGUUCUAUUUCUCGCUCUGCUCUUCCUUUUGUCGCCCUCUCUCUUUCUCUCUCUCUGUCUCGCUCGCUCCCCCUCCAUUCUUCCCUUACUACUCUCCGACAAUCGACAACGACGCCGCAAACGAGGCAGCGGACGUCGAACGAACGCAACAUCAAGUUUCCCGUAGGAAUCGUGAAAAGGCAAUGGCGUGCGCGGUGGCAACCGGCCCAACCCCAGCCAUCGCCUCCAUCACCCUGGACCCCACUAGGGAUUUCCCGGCGUGGCUGGAGGCGCAGGGCGUGAACGAGGAGGUGGUCCGGGCCAUGGACUCGGAGCUGGGCAUCCGGGACUACGAGGUCCUACGCGCCUGCGUCGGGGAUGGCCUCGUGCGUGACGAGCUGCUGGCCGCGGCGCGCGACCGCCUGCCCUUCGGCUUCUACGCCGUGCUGCGGCGGUUCGUGGCGGAGCUGGACUGCCUGGACGAGUCGGGGGCACCAACGCGGCUGCUGCAGGCCGAGGCUGGUGGUGGCGUUUGUGGUGCUAGCGGAAAUGGCGGUGGUGGCAGUAGUGGUCAUCGUGGUGUUAACGAUGAACUGAAGGACAUAUUCGCAAAGAUGGUUAACGGGUUGAGUCGCGAACUGUCGCUCACGAUGCAGAGGCUGCACCAGGUGGAUGGUGGCGCCGCUGGUGAUGAUGCUGGUGAUGAUGCUGGUGGUGAUGCUGGUGCCGAGGCAGGAGGCGAUGUCGGUGGUGGUGUUGGACGUGGUGGAGAUGGUGGACGUUCAAGUGGAUUAUUGGGGGAGGCUGGGUCUUCACAGAGUUCGCCAACGCGGGACAGCGAGCACGCGUACCGCACGGCCGUGAGUGACAUGCCUGAUACAUCCAUUAUAAUGCAAGAUGAACACUCAAUCAAGCUGGAACAUGUAGAUGUACAAGAUACACUCAUUCCAAUGGGAGAUGAACACUCAAUGAAGCUGGAACCUGUAGAUGCCCAACAAGGUCCCUCCAACUGUUUGCCCGUCUCCCGGUCGGGGGGGCUUGGCGGCCUCGCGCAAUUUAGCUCCCUGGAGGCCGUGGACUACCCCGAUGUCUUCACCAUCACUGCCACCGCCUCGUCCGACCACAGCAGUCUCAGGAAGCGGAAAACGAAGAUGGUGGUGGGUAGCGCCAAUGACCUUAAUGGCGAGGCAACAGUCAGCGACGCACAAGGCAGUGGCACUGGUGGUGUCACUACCGCCCGACGCUGUGCGAAAGCCCGUCCUCACAAGUGCCCGCUGUGCCUGCGGAAUUUCACAUCGGUCCACUUGCUAAUGGAGCACCUGCUGUCGCAGCACCAUUGGCAGCGGCAAAAGCAGCAGGGGCAAAAGCGGCAGGGGCUUCAGCGGCACCACUGCACAGUGUGCGGACGCACAUUCCAGUCGCUGUUGGUAGCCACGCAGCACAUGAUGAAGCACCAGUGCGGCGAGAAGCUUUACCGCUGCUGCGCUUGCGGGCGUGGCUAUCGGCAGAUGGCAGGGCUGCGCUACCACAGCGGGCGCUGCCCUGGGCUGGCGAAAACAUGAUUGACGUAUUGGCUGGGGUAGUGGGUGUUGGGGUAGAUGGGGAUUGGUCGACGAGAGAGGAAUGUUGGAGGGAAGAGAGGAAAGGAAGAGCAGAGAUUUGUGGGAGAGGAGAGGAGGGUUUUCUGUGUAGUGGGUUCCACGGAGACACACACUUUAUUCUAAAAGGCACCACGUUUGUUAUACCGGCCCCAACAGGGCUACUACUCUCACGUUUCAACGGGUUAACUCGACCCUAACCGGGUCACUACGUAACCGGGUCAGGAUGGCAACUUCUUCCUGACCCACGGAGCCUGAAAGUACAAUCUAAGAGCGAAGAGACGUCAACUCCUAGAGACAGCCACAAACGCUUUGCCCCCAUCCCUCUUAUCGAUCUCUCCCGAAGGAACCGGAGCCAGCGUCACGUGUCCCUAAAGCCCCCUUUUAGGGCCCGCUUGUUACCCCGUGCCGUUCACGUGCCGGUGCCAGAGAGAGGUACGAGUCAGAUGCAGUUACCUGCUCGUGAACCUAGAUGGCGUACACGCCAUAGAGACUCUAUUUACAUCUCUACAUCUGGAUAGGGGGAGGGAGGAGGAAAGAUGUGGAGAGAGGGGAUGGAGUUUUGUAGAGAGGACCGGGGGCUAUGGUGUGAGAUCGGAGGGAGCUGUGCAUGUGUGUACGCCUUUGUGUGUGUGCUUAUUUAGAGAGCGACGACCCGAGUUCGAUUCCCACUGACGGCCAACAUCGGUGACAAAUAUCUGACGCGUUCCUGGGCCUCCCCUAGAUCGACUCGGCCUUAAGUGCUGUUUAAAGUGUGUAACUAUCACCAAUGGGGAGAGAAACGCAGCCAGGCAUUGUGCUAGUCGUAUCACCUUCUCGUGUGCCAUGUUGACCUUCAUAGGUGCUUGCCAAUAGCGCUUGCCCCAACAGCCUGCGUAGGUUAUACGGGGAUCUCGGAAGUCGCUCACUACAAUGUAUUUGGUCACAGGCACUUGCGUGGCAAUGAACGCCUAACGUGCCGAGUGAUGAUGUCCUGUAGGGUGGAGGGGGGGAGGUCGUGAGGUCAGCGCGCAAGAACCUGGCACAACCUGGCUCAACGCUGUGGGGAUGUGGGUGACGUCAUCGCCCACGCACGAGCAUUUGUCCAUGCACAAGAAAUCCAGCCAGGCAGCCGUGCAUCCAGCCAGCAACACUUUUUUGUUCGAAUAUCAUUUGAUAAAGAAUACAAUUCACCAAGUCUGAAACUUAGACUGAAAUGAAAAUGCAAUGAAAGAUAUGUUCCUGACCAAACCUUUCUUUGUUUUUUUUAAGUUAGAGUUUAGAAGUUUAAAAAUCAUUGCAGUCUAUGCCUGAAGAUAUCCUGGUUGACAAUUUGAUAAUUAAAUGGAGGGCAAGGGUGUUGAGGAACACCACAUGGGUCCUGGGUGUUCUCACACCUGAGCUUCCUGUGACUUACAUAAAAAGCCAUUAUGAUCAUUUUGCUUCAUCACUUCUUUUGCCAAUUUUCUGGCUUCGAGAAAUAAAAAUAUUGAUUGUCACGUGGCGAAUAUUUUUCUCUGUACAUGAAGCCGAUGGGAAAGUGCUGCCCCCUGAUGUGGAUUAGAGGUCACUUGAAGAGAUUUUUGGAGUAAAUACAGGCCGUUCCCGCUUUUACGACAAUGCAUUCCUGGAAACCCGUUGUAAAUCGGAUCCUAUUUUGAUUUAAUUAAUUUCUUUACUUUUCGUGUUUAGCACAAAUUACAAGUCCAGUAAAAUAUUGGAUUGCGAGUAACUUGGUCUGCGAGUGUUUUGCAAGACGAGCAAUUUUUUAAAAUAAAUAUUAAUUUGAUAAACGAGCGAGGUCUUGCAAUACGAGCAGUACGUGCAUACGCUUUGUCUGCCGAGCGUCACGUGAUCACAACUGAUGUACAAGUGCUUUGGAUUACAAACACGUUUCCGGAACGAAUUAUGCUCGCAAAGGUUUUACUGUACAGUAGUUAAACAAUGGGACACCUUAGCUCUGCACAAUUGUAAAGCCAGUAGUAUGCGUACUAUGGUUUAACUGAAGUCUGCUUUCAACUGUUUCAAGUUUCAUUUAUUUGGUAUAGCUCUGUGAGCCAUGCGGCUCUUAAGUCGGGUGCAACCGCAACAAACAAAAUAUGAAUAGAACAUCUUAAAGCGACGACGUGUAACAGAAACAUCCUGGAAUAAACCAGCAAAUAUUCCCCAAAAAAACGUGUUAAAACGCUGUGUGCAAAAGUCCCAAUGUGGUGCAAGUCAACAACAAAAACCAUGAGACAAUUUAGAUUAACCACAUCUUUUCGAAUCACCAAAAUAAAGCUAUGAAAACAAUGUAGCAACAGUAAUCAUAGGAAGUGUGAUUCAAAUUUAACAAUAAACGAUAUACAUAACAUGUACGACAAAACUUGCAGCCGUAGCUGGCAGCUGCCCCAGGUUCACAUACACACUGCUACUUUCCAGUCGAUUAGCACAGGUGGUUACGUACGGCGCAAAAGAAGUUCAAAAUCCCUACGUGAUAAAAAAAAAUACCGGUUACUAUUUUAUUCAGACAAUGCCUAAUCUAUUGUAUGGGAUGUUGGCUACCAACAACAAGGCAACUCCUAUGACUAAUUGGGAAUGGGACGCAAGCGUAGGAUUGAUCACCCUGUCGCUGGCCGCCUUUGGGGAGGGUGUAUAGUAUUAAAGGCCGAAACACCCUAGGAACCAAAGGGUCACUACUGACGAUGCGCUCCCCAAAUUUCACCAGGCUCACUGUUCAUGAACUCUUGGAAGUGCUUGCACAAAGGAUAGUAACAUCUCAUCCUGUGUUCUUUGGAAUCUCCUUCAAAGUAGUCUGAUCGAACGCAGUAAUUCCAGUGGUCCUGCCAUUUGUCGAGGCAUCUCUGGUACUCUUAUCUCAGGAUGGCUUUCAGGUCCCCGAGUUGCGUUUUGGAUGAUGGUUGGCACGUCCUAAAAUAUAUUUCCUUUUAGGGUGCGUUUCAAUGUAGGGGACAGGAAAAAGUAACGUAGAAUGGAAAUAAUAAAAUAAUAAAAAUAUAACGUAAUAAAAGUAUGUUUUAUUAUUUGUAUUUAUUUUCAUUAUUUCUAUUCUACGUGACUUUACCGAAAGAACCAAGAAGAUGAAUCCCUGCAGUCACGAAGGAGGGUCCUGCCAAGUUUUCGCAGUCGGAGGCGAUGAUUGCUGUGUAGAUCCUAGUUGAGUAAUUUGCGGUUAUUUUUUCAAAUUUGAACCCUGACAUGGCCAUUAUGAACCUCUAUUAGCCACAUCCACCCCUUUAAGAAAGAGCUGUGGCCAGCUGCAUACAACUAGUGAAUUAAUGGCAAUGUCCAAUUCACUAGUUUACAUUGCAAAUUAUGGAAAAAUAAGUGUAUUUUUAUAAUGUCUGCAUGGUGUACAGUCUGGAAAGUACCCACAUGGCAAAUUUGCAGUUUGAUGCAUGUCGGGAAGUAUGCUUAACAUUUUGAACAUACACACAUAUUCACAACUUUGCUUUUUAUAUAUAUGGAGAUAAAUGAAACUGAAAAAAUAAACUCUAUUAUGAGCUUAA